AUGGCUUCUGACGCUUAUGGCAGCCCUGAUGACGGGCUGGAGCUCGAGAGAAUUGCCGUUGGCCCAUACUGCAUCUUUGACGACUACAAACUGCCUCCAAGCUCGCCUAGGCACCCAUCGUCGAUCCCAGACGCGAGCACCACCCCAUCCUCUGCCAACUCCAUGGACAACUCCAUGUUGUCGGCAGAGUAUCCUUUUGCUAACAUGCGCGGCCCGUGGUUUACUACCGCUGCCGACGACAUGACGCUGACUGCCCCUGCUGACGACAUGUCAAACUGGAACGAGUGGAUGCAGUACGACCCUGCUGCGGCGUCUCAAAAUUCUCCAGGUGUCGAUUCCAAGCCUGCCAAUGCCCAGGGGUCUGCUUCCUUCCCCCCCUCCGGCCAGCAACAGUCACCUCAACACCCCCCCAACCAGCAACAGUCGCAGUCGAGGCAACCGCAGACCAUUCCCACCACCACUUCAGCCGCCCCAAUGUACACCAACUCCAACGAUGGGCCAUUCACCUUUGGGCAAAACGCCGACAUGUCACCGGCCUUUGACUUCACUGGCACCACCUUAGGCUCACCCCUCUCUGCGGAACUUCAACAACAGCAGCAACAGCAACAGCAACAGCAACAACAACAGCAACAACAACAACAAGAACAAAAUGGCUUCUAUACAACACCGCCCAUGUGGCAACAGCAACAACAGCUCUCCGAAAAUUCCCUCUUUUCGCCAAUGCAGUUUGCACAACCAGGCUUCGUCGCUGCACCUCCGUCAGCCUCAACACCAAGUCUUCACCACAGCCCCGAUUCACUCAACAAUGGACGCGCUAGCUCAUCCUCCUCACAUUCGUCACCUGAACCUGCUCCGCAAAACAAGAAGAGAAAAUCACCAUCCGAUGACGAUGAAGAUGCCGACUCGGCUCCGUCCGGGAAGCGGGCCGGCCAACCACCGAAGAAGACAGCGCACAACAUGAUUGAGAAGCGGUAUCGAAACAACUUAAACGACAAGAUUGCCGCUCUUCGUGAUAGUGUACCGAGUCUGCGCAUCAUGUCUCGCCAGAACGGAACAGAGGAAGACGACGACCCAGAGGAUCUCGAAGGACUUACUCCUGCACACAAGUUGAACAAAGCUACGGUUUUGUCAAAAGCGACAGAGUACAUUCGACACCUGGAGAAGCGCAACAAGCGCAUGCAAGAUGAAAUCGCAGCCCUCAGAGGACGUGUCGAGAGCUAUGAGAAGAUGGGCAUCUCGGGGCCAAUGGCGAUUCACGGUCUCAGCCCUCCGGAUGGCUCCAGGUACCCUGAAGAUGCCUUCACCUCAGCACAUGGAAUGCCCAUGCCGGGACCCCCCCAAGGCAUGAUUCCAGUUCCAGACAACAUUGCGGCUCUGCAACGCGGACUCGGUCCUCAGCAACACUAUGCGCAUGCCUAUCCACAGUAUCCUGCUGGUCGUCAAGCCAAUGGUGCACCCAUGGUCAACGCUAGAAACCGUGGAGCCAUGAUGGGCAAACUCAUGGUCGGAUCCCUCGCUGCUCUGAUGAUUAUCGAAGGCUUUGCUCAGAAGGAGCAAUCGCAAGAGGAACCAGCUGGACGCGGACUGUUCGCCUUACCGAUUCACCUCGCCAAGGUCCUGACUCCUAGUGCUUCUUUUGGCGCCAACACUGUCCAGAUUCCUUUGGUGAAGCUUGUUCUCGUCUUUUUCGCCUUCUUCUACCUCAUCGUCCCUCUGGCCGACCCUAAAGCCAAGACCAAACGCAAGUCUCCACCGGUACUUUUGACGCGUGCACCAUCGUUGGCAUCACCGGUCGAGGUUCGACAGAGAGCAUGGCUUACCGCCAUACAGACCGUUUGGGUGCCUCAACACAACUUUCUGGUGGAGCUUGCCGCCCUGAGUCUGAAGACACUGAAACUCAGCCUACGGAGGAUGAUUGGAUGGCCGGGUUACGCCUACCUUACUGGCAUUACGAAAGAGCAGGAAGCCGCCAGGGUCAAGGCCUGGGAAAUUGCGCUCGAUGCACAGCUCACCGGAGGCGACGCCGAGAUUAGCAAGAGCCGACUGGUCUUGACGUUGAUGGCAUCAGGCACAUUGCCGGAUACACCGGCUCGCCUGAUGCUCAAAGCAUUGCAUAUCAGAGUCUUGCUUUGGGAGAUGUCCAAUUCUGAACACGGCUCUUGGUGGAUGAUGAACGAAAUCAGCGCCAAGAUGGCACGCAGUUACUGGAACAUGGCACGCAGUGAGCACCGAAUCGCUGCAAACAUGGCAUCCAGGUCGGACUGCGAAACAGCGCCUCUACCAGAUCACCUCGCCGCCCUGAUUGAGCGUGAGUGCGACGAAGUGCUCGUACCUGCUGUCGUGGAGCGUGUGUAUAACCUCGCCUGGAACCGACCAAGCUUUGACAAGAAGAUUGUCGAUACUGCCAUGGAUGGUGUUGUCGAGGAUUUCGCCAUUGCAUCGCCCUUGGAUGCUCUCGCCGCUUGGUAUUCGAGCACGGUGCUCAAGAAGGGACUGAUGGGUUCUCUUGCAAACACUAGCCGCUCACCAAAGGAAUCGGUGGUGUCUAGUCUGGCCCUUGCACUACAAUCCGCUCCGCCGAACUCACAGGCUCAGCUACGAGCACUAGUUGCACAGGCCGUGGUAUUGGAAGAUGACCGUGGCCUCCGCAUCGCGAGAGCGCUCGAAGCACUUCCAACCUCUCCCAAGCCUGCUGAUGCUGGUUUUAUCAAUCUAGUUGGCAACGGCUUUGUCGCCCCAGAUGUGCGACAAGCACUGACAUUUGCCAAAUGUCUCUUCCUCAUGCAGUCAUCCAAUGCGCAAGGUCACCAACGAGCCAUCGAUGUCAUCAACAAGACCUAUCUGCCCGGGCGCUACACCACUCUGCUCAAUUUUGUUGCUGGCUACAAGGUCUUGAUUUACUUCAUGCAAGAUGACUCACUUCGCAGUCAAACAAGUGCAGGUCUUGAGCGUAUGGCCAAGUCUCUGCGUAUCUGGAUUGGUCACGAGGCAUGCAAGCUGUCGUCCAAGAGGACGCUUACUCGAGUAGUCCAGGCGUGUCUCGAGGCAAGCAAGACACUGGUUGGCCUAAGCGAUAAGAAGGAGGAGGGAGAGAUUGACGAUGGCUAUGUGAGCGCCAGUGUGAAAGACGAUUGA